CUCUUCGGUAUGCUGCCCACUAUUUGGUAUAUUCGGUAUUUCCACGGACAUACCGGUGACGUGGUUACAUUGCAACAAACAUCCACAGAAACCCCCCAAUCCAAUCCGAUCUGAUCCCAGCCAGCCAACCGCCAACCACUCCGCGACGUUGCAACACAGUUUUCAUGCUACCAUCGAGCGUGCCCGAUUCGAGGCGGAGUCGAUUUAGAAAUCCCGGGCAGCGGAGCAGCACUCCGGCCAGUAGUGGAAAGUAGAGAAGAGGAGACGAGACGACUAGGACGCCCUGACGCAAACUUCAGCCCCCAAGCCAGUGUUCAGUCAACGGAGGAGAAGGAGGAGGAGGCGGCGGCAAAGUGCAGCCGUGGCCAAGAAGACUUGAAACGCAGCCCCGCGAGCAAUCGUAACCAGACACAGCAGAAGCCAUGGCGCUGCUGACCAUGAUAGCCAGAGUCAUCGAUGGCCUGCCUCUGGUGGGGACCAUGCAGGAUGACGAGCAGAGCGGACGCAGCAUACUGGACUACCAAAACCAGGCCAAGAUGCUCUUCCGCAAGCUGGGUACCCACUCGCCGGCACGAAGCAGCAUCGAGACCGGACCCUACCUAUUCCACUACCUAAUCGAGAACGACGUCUGCUAUUUGGUGAUGGUGGACAAGAUGUACUCAAAGCGACUGGCCUUCAACUACCUGGAGGACCUGGCCCAGGAGUUCCAUGCCAACUACGGCCGGCGGGUGAACUCAGUGACGCGGCCAUACGCAUUCAUCGAGUUCGACGUGUACAUACAGAAGGCGAAAAAACAGUUGACGGACCGCAGACGCAACAUCAGCAGCAUCAACACACAGCUGCAGGAUGUGCAGCGCAUCAUGGUGCAAAACAUUGACGACGUGCUCCAACGUGGCACAGUGCUGGCGGAACUCGACACCAAGACCCAGAACCUGUCGAUGAUGUCGCAGAAGUACAAGAAGGACGCCAAGCUGCUCAACCGCAAGUCCAUGUACGUGAAAGCGGCGGCCGUGGGCAUAAUAUUUCUAGUGUUCAUCAUGUACUUCUGGGUUCUGUAAUAUCAAGCAGUUGCAGCCACUCGGAGCGGCGCGUUCUUUGUGUGCGUCAAGCGUCAAAGGCGCAAGACCAAAAGACAUUUAGAUUACGCGUACCCCAGUACACCUGUACUCCAGAGCGAGCACACGCGCUACCAACCAUAUGAAUCAUAAGCAGGCGAAAAAGUGAACAGCAAAACCCCUACCAUCGCAUACGCAUCGUUCCCGAGGCUGGUUUCACUUCUAAUAUUAACUUACCUUUGCGUUAUUUACGGUCUGGGAUUCCAUUAACUAUUAACUCCCAUUUCAAAUUUCAUUUCGCUCUGCGCUGCCUUUGUUUGCGCAGGCUUUCUUAAUAUUUGAUUACGAAUCGGGUUUAGUUUAGACGACCUUUGAGCCAAGUCGGGCGACGACGACGACCCAAAUCUGUAAAUUAUGAACGCCGAUCCGUGUGUGUGUAUAAAUGUCUAGAUUGUAAAUGGAUCGCCAUGCGAUAGAUACUGACUGCAUAGCGAAUCCGAAUCCGGCGGGUUGAUUGAUACAAACUGCAAGAACACCGCAACAAAACAAUGAAAAGAAAAGGAAAGAAAGUAAACAAUAACAGUUUUAGGCAAUUUAUAUGUAUAAAAUUAAGGCAAAUAAAUCAAUUUACGUUGUUUAAUAAAGAGUAGA